AUGGACUUUAAAACUGAUAAAAGUGGUUUUUCGAGACCGGCGGCAAUGUUCAAAACAUUACGCCGCUUACAUGGACAUAAUUUGGAGAAUCAAGGUCUGAAUGAUCUUACCGAGGCGUUUCAAAACUUUAUCACACGUGCGAAAUAUUUUAGCAUUGGACGAUUGAGGCGCACAUGGUCACAUUCGGCUAUUGAAUUUAUGAAGUAUCGUCGACUACUUCCCAUGCUUACUUCUGAAGGCCAACGUAGUGAUCAGUUUGAUGGUAUGCAUUCAGUUAAGUUUCAUAUCCACCUGAGUGCUAUUUUACCCAACUUGAAUACACAAUUCGAGGGAAUGUUGUGUCCAAUGAAAAUUGGCCAAUUAAUUUUUAUUAAUUUCAUCAAUUCAGAUGACUCAUUUAUGUCAUCAGCAUUCAUUAAACGAUCCGAUUCAAUUCGCAGUGAUGUGAGUGUUGUUUCGUCGAGCGGUGUUUCAUUGCGGCAUGUUAAAGGUGAAGAAAAGAAAAUCGUUGUUACGAAUAUCUCACCAAGAGUUACGAACACUCAACUGGCGUCGUUCUUUUCUAAAUUUGGAAAGAUUUCACUGUGUCGUAUUCCAUCUGAAGAACGGUAUCAGUCAAUUUAUGCAACAAUGCCGAAGGUUGUACGUUCUUCAGUUGUUGCACAUAUAACAUUUAAAAAAGUGGAGGGUGCUGAAAGAGCGAAGAAUGCAUCUGCAGAUGAAUUGAAAUUUUACGAUAAAGUAAUGAUCGUUUCAUCGUACUCGAGUGCAAGACGACGUGGUACUAGUGCUGCAACAAAUGCUGAUGAGAACAAAACAGGUGCUGCCAUUAUUGCAUUAGGAAAUAGCUCACUGGAUGAUGAUAGCCUUUCAUUGGACUCUUUAGCAAUUUCCACUCGUUCAACUUCUGCAUUCACCUUAUCCGAUGUUUCAUCUUUGUUCGGCUCACGUACAUCAUUGCAAGAUUUACCAUCAAAAGUAUUAGAAAAGAUUUUUUCGUUGUUGCCAGCAAUUGAUAGAAUACGUUUGGAAAGGGUCAACAAAAAAUUUCUAGAGGCAGCUGUUAAAUCAUGGUCGUUCAACGAUUCAUUCUCGUUCGCUGAUGAUAGCUGUGUGAAUCGCACGUUCACGGGGACGCAUCCGCUACGAAUUGUGCAUCUAAAGUCGUUACUUGCGCGGUGUGGUGUACAUCUUCGGCGUUUGAAUCUGUCGGGUGUGGUGCAUUUAUUGGAUGAGAAAGCUUUCGAAGUUAUUUCAACGUAUUGUCCUCAUUUACUCGAGGUGAACGUCUCAGGACUAACGGGACAUUCUGUGGCUUUGCGUAAUUUCGGCGAAUCAUUGCCUCGUCUGCAAUCAUUUGUAUAUAGAGAUAUGGUCAAUGUUGGUGAUAAAAGUUUAUGGUAUUUUUUCAAAACGAACGGUUCGCGUAUGUUGAAUGUAGAUCUGCGUGGAUGUCGUCGUAUUAAAGGACGUUGUCUUCGACUAUUUUCAGCCAAUCUCGAAAAGAUCAAUUUGGAUGGUUGCUAUCGAUUAGACAAUACGGCUAUCGAAGAUUUGUGCUUAAAGUCACCGAAUGUAAUCGAAUUAAGGCUGAGUGGAUGCUCACAAAUAGACGAUCAGCGUUUGAGUUUGAUAACACGCAGCAUGACCGAUUUGCGAACGUUCGCAUUAUGCGGCGACUGUUUCGGAUCUCUUUCAAGUGAAGGUCUUAUUGCAAUAUCACGACUGUCAUCGCUGACCGAUUUGUCAUUAGAUUUUAAUUCGGCAGUAUCAGACGAGGUUCUUGAAGCAUUAAUCGAUGGAGCACCUCAUCUAAGCUCACUGAGUUUGGCGUACUCUGGUAGUGAUGCCACAUUAACGGAACAUUCAUUGAGACGUGUCUCUGACUUAAAAAAUUUAAAGACGGUUGAUGUAAGCUCGCUGGCUGCGGUCAAUAAUGAUGUGUUCGAAGACAUAAUCAAAGGUUGCAAGCAAUUACGAGAUAUUCGUGCUCGAAGUUGUACGUAUUUAGGUGAUGACGGUGUUUAUUCAUUGAGAACACUUCGUUUUUUGGAGCAUGCUGAUUUCAGCGGUUGUCUAUUGUUAACAACAAAAGGUGUUCAAAAUCUUCUGAACGCUUUUCCUCGGCAGUCAAAAAAUUCUGUUGGAGAGAAAGAAGAUCGGUUGAAUGCGAUAACGGUAGUUGUUGGUGGUAGUGUAUGCGAUGUGUCAGCAUUGAGAACACGUGCCACUCGAAUCGUUAUUGAUCCUGCCGACUACAGUUCCCUGUCCAGCAACACAGCUCGCGAUCUUAUCAUCAGUCGGUCCGGCGUUCUCGAAAUAUGCGUGGACUCUGACGAGGAUGUGUCUGGUGAUGAAUUUGAAUCACUCACUGCCCAUAGAUCUUUCAUAAUGGAUACACUGAAUAUCGAAGAAGAUGAUUCGCCGAUGGAUAGUGAACAAUCAAUCAAAGAGUGGGCCGAGAGAGAAGCUCGACAGUUGGGUCUUCUGAACAAAUGA